CAAACUUCCACUCAACAUUGACGAACGCCGCAAAAUUUUUCACAAAGAAUCGAAAAAUUUAUUUUACUUUCUUUAUAUGAUGGGAUUUAAAAAGAAGCACAAGAAACACAAAUCUGAAAAACGUUCUCAUGAUGAAGAGAAGCAGGCCCCUGAAAAAGAAAUCCCUGGGGGAAUAAGGUUGAAGUUGAAGGUCAGCGGUGAAGUGUACAGUCCACUCCAUGAAACAGUUAGUGUAUCAGGAGAGAAAAGACACAAGCACAAAAAGAAGAAAAAGAAGAAGAAGGCAGAGAAAGAAAAACGCAGACAUGCGGAGGCGUCCGUAAAGGAAACUCAAAAACGCCAGCGAAUUGAGUCAGAAGAAGAGGAUGCUUCACAGGAGGAAGAAGAGGCGGGGCCUCCAGCAAAAAAGCCCGCCCUCGACAAUGUCCUAGUGGAGCCAGCGCGGGAAGAGCCACCACGCCCAGUGGGUAGGCCUAGGAAGCUUGAAGAGCACGGAGUACUUCGUAUCUGUCUAAAGCACAUACACAAGAUGUUACAAAAGAAAGAUGUGAAUGGAUUUUUUGCCUAUCCUGUGAAUGACAUGAUUGCCCCAGGUUACUCUAGCAUAAUUCUGAACCCGAUGGAUCUGAGUACCAUGAUGUCUAAGAUUGAGAGUCACCAGUAUAGGAAUGUCUUGGAGUACAAGAAAGAUUUUGUAUUGAUGUGCAACAAUGCCAUGACAUAUAACCGGCCAGAGACGAUUUACUACAGAGAGGCGAAAAGACUGCUGAGCGUGGGCAUGAAACUCAUGUCCAAGGAAAAACUCAUCAACAUGAAACGGACUCUUCCAUUUCUGGCUAGCAUGACCUACGCUGAACUUGGUGUGGAGGAACCGGAUGAAACAACAGCUCUGAUGGAAGCCAUUGUGGAGGAGGAGAGGCAAGAAAAAGAACGAGCCAAGGAGAGAGAAGAGUUGGGUAGAUUUGAGGCCAUACCAGACAACCUCAGCCCAGAGGAAAUUCUGGCUCAGGCCAGGGCAGCAGCUAAAGAUGCGGCAGACAUGUUAACACUGCGAGAGCCAAAGAGCCGGUUUGGAUUUCUAAGACGGAGGACAGAUGGCAGCACUUCAAUGACCCUACUGAACCCUGACAAUGAUGGAAUCUUAAAUGAAAAAGAGAGAGUUGUGAAUUUGGGAUCACUGGUUGGAAAAUUAACCACAGGGUCAGGAACCAUUACUGGGUUUAAAGAAGACAAAAGAAAUCGACUGACUCCUGUGAUGUAUUUGAAUUAUGGCCCCUUCAGCUCUUACGGUCCCCAGUACGACUCCACGUUUGCUAAUAUGUCUAAAGAGGAAUCAGACUUGUUGCUGUCCACUUACGCAGAUGAGACAGGUGUACAGUAUGCUAAGAGUGUGACUACAUUUGUGGAGAAUUCUGGCGAGUUUGCUGUUGCUAUGGUGGACCAUUUAUUAGAUAUACUCACGAAAGGAGAGCACUCUAAAGCCAAAAAGCAGUUAGAGGAAAUUCAUGCUGCUGAAGAGAAGAAGGAAGCAGCAGGAUCCUCCAGAUCUAAUUCAGAAACAAAACCUGUCAACAUUGACAUUAAUUCUCUAAAAAGUCUCAAUGACUUAGGGGUCGAUGUGUCAUUCCUAGACGACUUUGAGAAGAUGUCAUCAGAAUCAACCCAGAAAGAUCCAGUCCAGGAGCGUCUGGACCAGACAGCCAGCCUGAUAAAAGACCUCCAGGCCACACAGAAGGAACGCCUCAGUGCACGCCUUCCAAUGCAUCUAGCUCAUGUACCAGGGCCGUCUGAGAAAGAGAUACAGCUAGCGCAGAAAGUGACACAAGAACUCAAGGAAUUAGCAAAAGAGGUGAGUCCUGCUGACAUUUCAUCAGUUCAGGGACUAAGAUCUGCCAUGGGUAUCACUCUAAACCCAAUCAAAGCAGAACCAGUGGAAGAAACUUUAGAACCAGAGCCAGCAGCCAAUCAGAACUCACGAGACAUAGACACUGAUCAAGUGACAGACACCUCCAUAGUACCAGCCAAUCAAAUAGGCUCUAACAUGGCAAUACCAGUUCCCCAGUUAGAUGUUGAUGAUAUGGAUACAGACAUCAGUGAAUUUUUACAGUUUCCCUCACAGUAACACUGAAUGUGUUCAUUGUCAUACAGUUGUCAACUUGUCAUGUGUUCUGUGACUUGUGUAAUGGAAGACUUUAACUGAGUAGACGAGAUUUCAGUGCGAAUGUGAACUCAAAACAACCUUCAUGUUUUGCAAAGUAGUGGUGCUCUCAUACAAUCCGUGUGAAACUCACCGAUGACAAAGUGGACUUUUGAUAGUCAUUAGCAUACAAUGUUGUUAUUUUCAUCAAUUAUCGUACGCGAAGUUGUUCUAUUUUCUGUUGUCUAGAUAUAUCAACACUUUUUAUCAAUUGGAUGAAUACAAAUAAAUACAUGUACUGAUA